GCUGCUCAACAUUUCACAUGUCGUCUACAUCUAGUUCAUUUUCUGUGUUGUUUAUUUUAUGGAUGAUAGAGAUUAUGUUGACAGUAUUAUAGAUACGAUCUAUCUAACAGUGCGUAAGAUCUAGGCCACUGAAUGAUCCAUGGGCGUGCGGGAAGGUUUACUGUAGUUCGGGUUAGGUUUUCAAUUUUAUUCCGCCAGUGAUAGAGGUUUUGGUCUGCGUACCUUGCCCUUGUUUUAAAAGUUCACUCUCUGUAAUGGAUUUCAUUACAGCAACAAAAAAUACAUUGUAUGUUUAGAUCUAGAUCAAGAUCUAUUUGAUUUAUUUGUGAUAUUUAGGGAAAUCUUAACAUGUCUACUGGAAGGACUCAUUUAUGGGCAUUAUGGAAACGACUUUACCUCCAGCACUGGGCCGUGACCAACAUAUCUGUGACAGACACACCUCAAUGUUGUCUUCGAUUUACCAUUCCUGGAUUAUCAACUGAUUGCUUUGACGGUGAUGGCAACCCAAAUAUUGAAAGUAUUAUGAAAAUUUCGGGCAUUUCCAGAGUCUAUUUUUUCGACCAACCUCUCGACGAUUCAGGAAAGAGAUUUUUGGAUUUUAACGUUAUUCUAAAAGACAGACUUUUGUUUAUGGUAUCAACGCAUUUCAGGAUGUCCAAGCUGCUCUACAACCCAGAUAUACCCAAGUGGCCGAUCAAUGGGCAUUACUCUCUGUCCAAUGUAGGUAACUCCAGCUUGACAGACCAAAUCUCUUUUUACUCCCCGGAAAUAACGUCUGAACCGUUAUGGACCCAACGUUGCCAAUUAGUGAGUGUUAAUAACGAUACCAGACAGCCGUCGGCACUGCCCGAUUGGUUCCAAGACAAGUAUAAAGGAAAAGGUGGUAUGGACAAAGGUCUAGCAGUGAUGCCGAUUCAAAGACCUUUAAACACAUACAGUUAUCCCAUAACAGUGCAAUGGCUUGACACUGACGGCUUCCGUCAUACCAACUUUUCAUCUUACGUCAAUUGGGUGCUGAACGCUAUUUACUCUUCGCUGUCAAAACAGGAGCUUGAGCCUGCUCAGGGUUCUUCCUCAAGCGCCUUUCUCCCUGGAGUAACCAGAGCUGCUCUCUCUCGGGGUGUGAAAGACCUUCAAAUCCGUUACAUCAGCGAGAGUUUGGAGAACCAGAACCUCAACGUCUACGUGUGGCAAGAAGAGAGCCAGAAAAAUACAUUUUUUGCUUCUGUGGAGCGGGAAAAUCUACAAGUGUGUCAACUGCAGUUGGAAUAUUUUGACUAAAUACGGACUAAAUACUUUUUUAAAGGCAUUAUCUAUGUAUGUCAUCUUUUUAAGCUAAUAGAGGCAAACAAAACUAUUUCACAAGACUUUUUAGUUUGUGUUUUAGUCUUACACCUUUCUAAAUAGGAGUAGGCCUACAAAGUGAAGGGUGCAAUUAAAUAAUUUGGAUUUUUUAAUAUUGAUAAUAAUAAUUUUUAUUAUACAUAAUGAAAUUUGUCUUACAUUACACUAAACCAAACAUUAUGACUAUAGAAAACAUAAUAUACAUUCACACCAGAUUUACUCAAAAAUUACAUGUGAAAUGUUUAUAUCAGAUAGUUGAAUUUUAUCACAAUCAUAUUUAUGGUCAUUCGACCCUUGAUCUACAUCGUGGAGGGGAUGUCAUCAGGUUUUCCAUUUUUAUAUCCAAGGAUUUAGGCCUACGACAGUGUCAGACUGUACAGUCACACAGACCCUAUUCCAAAUGGGGCCUCCAAAUUGUAAUAAUGUAAAAUGGUUUACAGAAGAUGCUUAUUAAUAGGAAGUAAAAGAAAUUAGAUUAAAUUAAAAAGUACUUCAUUUCUUUUUUUUUUUUUUUU